AUGGCAGGAUUUGCGAAAUACUGCGUGAUCCUGCUCUUGACCAUACACAAAACGAUCGCACAAGGUGGUCAACCGUGCUAUACUAAUUCAGGUGCAGCAGGUGUAUGCGUAUCAUCCUGUCCCAUCCCUUACCAGCUGAACAUUAAUCCGUUCGGGUUUUUCGGUGGCGCUGGACGGGGAUGUCAGAGUUUCUUUGGGUUUGUCAAUUACUGCUGCUCGGCAGCAGCUUUUUCCAGCACUACUUUACCACCAGCAGCCCCACCAACGACAGCACAAUCGUUCGAAAGUUUCACUGUCGCUUCCGAGACUAGCAGUCCCUCCACGCCAGAGUCCACCGUUUCGACCACGGUCCGUUCGACAACGAUUCGCACCACGACACCGGUAAUGCUUCAAAACCGUUUGGCAAGUGAUCCAAAGUUCGACAGUCCGGCGGUUCUGCUUACCCCAGAGCGGGGCUGCGGUGUGAGCGAUGUUGAGCACAAUCGAAUUGUCGGUGGUGUACCGGCCGCACUGAACGGAUGGCCCUGGAUGGCAUUAGUCGGUUACACGGGAGAUUUUGGCGACGUUGAUUUCGCUUGUGGAGGUUCGCUUAUUACCGAUCGGCAUGUUCUUACUGCGGCCCACUGUAUUUUACGCUCACUGUCCCUGGUGCGGCUAGGAGAACACGAUACGAGCAAUCAAACGGAGUCAGCACACAUUGAUGUAGCGGUGUACAAGUACAUCUCCCAUCCAUCUUACGAUACGUUUGAUGGACAUUCGGAUCUAGCCAUAUUGUACCUCACACAUACGGUGGAUUUCAACGAUCAAAUCAAACCCAUCUGUCUGCCUAUGGCCGAACCGGUGCGCAGUACAGAUUUUACCGGCUACAACCCAUUCAUAGCCGGUUGGGGCCGCACCAAGGAAACGGGUUUCGAAUCGCAGGUACUCCAGGAGCUACAGAUUCCCAUACUGGAGAAUGCAGAAUGUAGCCAGCUGUACAAGAAGGUAAGGAAGCUGUUCUCCAAGAAACAGUUCAACGAUGCUGUACUGUGUGCCGGGUUUCUGGAGGGUGGUAAGGAUUCGUGCCAGGGCGAUAGUGGCGGUCCGCUGAUGUUGCCGUAUCUCGUCAACAAGAAGUUCCACUACUUCCAAAUCGGCAUCGUGUCGUACGGUAUCGGGUGUGCUCGGGCCGAGCUACCCGGAGUGUACACGCGGGUGGUCACAUUCGUGGAUUGGAUCGUGGAACAGAUAGGGAAAAAUUAAACAACCAACCAAUCCGCCUUCCGUUUGGAUGUGAACGAAGAAUUGAAAAACCCCUUGAACACUGA